AUGUCACAGGACACGGGCCUGUGGAGCGUCCGCAGACCCCGAGAGACCUUGGGAGGCCUCAGCAUGAACACCGGCAUUCCCGCACCCGGCUCGACCAUGAAGCGCUCCAGCUCAAACAACCCCAACUACACGGGAGGCGGCCACGUCCGGUCCGUGUCGGGAUCUAGACACUCCCUUGCCAUAUCGCGACCCAGCCAGCCUCUCUUUCAUCGCUCGUCCUCGGGCACCAACCUCGCGGACCUCGGCCUCUCGUCCGUCAAGCGAUCGUCCUUUCAGCAGCAAAAGGGCUCCUACGCCUCGGUCCCUCACACCCCCGCCAACCCGAGGGCGUCGAUGGACGGCGCCGACAGGCGCAGCAGCGUCUACCGACCACGACAGUCGUCGAGUGGCGCCUUGGUUCAUCACCAAAGCUUCUUCCAGACGACGCUGCAGCCAGCCGGUGUGCCGCGCGAUCCCCGCCCUCUCAAGGACCGGUCUUUCCAGACCCGCAUCGGACAAGAGCUGCUCGAGUACAUGGCCCGUCACGACUUCGAGGCCGAGAUGAACCACGUCUUGUCGCCCAACGUCAUGAAGUCGCCUACGCAAAAGGACUUCAACUACAUGUUCCAAUGGCUCUACCACCGGAUCGACCCCAGCCACAAGUUUCUCAAGAACAUUGACCAGGAGGUGCCGCCAAUCCUAAAGCAGCUCAGGUAUCCGUUUGAGAGGAGCAUCACCAAGAGUCAGCUCGCCGCCGUCGGUGGACAGAACUGGAGCACCUUUCUCGGCCUGUUGUACUGGAUGAUGCAGCUCGCUCAGAUGCUCGACGGCUACACCGCCAACAAGUACAACGAAGCUUGCAUGGAGGCGGGAGUCGACGUCAGCGGCGACAACAUCAUCUUUGGCUUCCUCAGCAGCGCGUACAGGGACUGGCUCUCCAUGGACGAGGAGACGAGCGACGAAGACGCAGAGCGGGUGUUGGCCCCGCAUGUCGAGGCAAUGGCGGCGGCGUUUGAGCACUCAAGGUCACGAUUCACGUCCGAGCUGGACAUGCUCGAGGCCGAAAACGCCAGGCUGCUCAAGGAGAUUGGUGAUUUGGAAAAGUCGACGCCCGACCCGGCCGUCCUGGACAACCACUUCAAGAUUAUGGAAGAGGACAAAAUCAAGUUUGAAGAGUACAAUACGCUUGCGGUACAGAGGUCGGAAAAGUACGAGAGUCGCAUUCAAGUCCUCCAGGAAGAACUUGACAAGCUGGAACAGGAGCUGAAGGAGGCGGACGAGGAGCGACGGGGUCUUCAACGGUCGGUGGACGCUCAAGGCAUCAGCAUGCAGGAUAUCGACCGCAUGACGGCUGAGCGGGAGCGUCUACAAAAAGGCGUCGAAUCGGCGAGCCAGAGGCUGGACGAGGUCAAGAGAAAAGUGGCCGAGAGGGAGUCGGAAGCAAGCCGGAAGCUCGACGAGCUGGAGCGAAUGGUGGACAAAUACAACACGCUGGCUUAUCAAAUUGCGCUCAUCCCGGCGACAGCGGCCAACGCCAAGGGCCGCGAGUACGAGCUGCAGGUCAUGGUCGACGACGGGUCCGAGUUCGGCUCGUCCAACCUCAAGGGCUCGGGCGGCGCGCCGUCGUCAUCGGCAGAGCGCCUCCUGGCCGACGCCACCACCGGCUACCAGCCCGGGCACAUCCUCAACCUGGACCUCCGGGGCCAGAUUCGGAGCAGCUGCUCGGCGUUGCGCAAGGAAAUCUCGGAGCGUCGGAGCGCGGCCAUGGACGACAUGAUGAAGGACCACGAACUGCUCGACGGCAUCAAGGAGGCCAUCGAAGACAAGCGCAGCGAAGUCGAGGCCCUGAACCACCGGGUAAGGGCGGCGGAGGAGGAGUACGAGAAGACCCGGGAGGUGACAACGGCGCAGAAGAUGGCGUCGGACGCGCAGAUUGAAAAGAUGGAAAAGGAGCUGUCGAGAAUGCGCGCCGGGCUGAGCGAGUCGGUGCAGCUCAUGGAACAGCGCGAGAUCAACACGACGAUUGAGUACGAACAGCUGGUGCUGCGGGCAAGCUCUCUGCGGGAGGAGCUGCAUACGGAGAUUGACCGGAUACUCAACGACGUCAUCAAGUUCAAGAUUCACAUCCAGAAGAACCUGUACGAGUACGAAGGCUUCGUCACGGACGAGCUGGAGAAGGAGCUCGGCGUGGAUGAGGCCAAGGACGACACCCAGGCCAUGGAUGCGUAA